AUGUCGGCAGCCCUGGAGGAGUUCUGCGGCUCUGUCUUUUGGAAUGCCUCCUACCUCACUCGUCCGGAUGCUGACCUGCCCAUAUGCUUCCAGCAGACUGUGCUGGUCUGGGUCCCCCUUGGUUUCUUUUGGAUUUUAGCUCCAUGGCAGCUCCUGCCCAUGUGCAAAUCCAGAGCCAAGAAAUCAUCUGUGACCAAACUCUACAUCAUCAAACAGAUGCUGACUACCUUGCUGAUGCUGACGGCAGUGGCAGAGUUAGCCCUGGCCUUUGUGGAGGACGCAGAGUCUGGUCCCCUGCCAGCUGUGCAGUACACAAACCCCAGCCUGUACCUCGCCACCUGGCUCCUGGUCCUGCUGAUCCAUGAUGUGCGGCGCUUCUGCCUGUGCAGAGACUCGGGGAUACUCUUCUGCUUCUGGACGCUGUCCCUGCUCUGUGGGGUGUUGCCGUUCCAGUCACUCCUCCGGAGAGCCCUGCAGGCACCAAUCUCUGAUGUGCCACGAUUUGUCCUGUUCUUCAUCUCUUACGGGCUCCAGCUGCUGCUCUUCCUUGUGUCGGGCUUCUCAGACAUUGCCCCAGAAACAAAGGAAAUCAGGAAGAAGAACCCAGAGGUGACAGCCUCCUUCCUGAGCUCCAUCACCUUUGAAUGGUAUACCAGCAUCGUUUUCAAGGGCUAUCGCAAGCCUUUGGAGAUAGAGGAUAUCUGGGAAUUGAAGGAUAAAGACAAGAUAGAGGCCAUUUAUGCUAUUUUCGAGAAGAACAUGAAGGCUGCCGUGAGGAAGGCCCAAGCAGAACUGGAGAAACGAAAACGCAAGAAAAGAUGCCGGGCAGGUGACCCAGACCACGGGAACAACAUUAGCAAGGCCCAGAGCCAAGACAUCCUGGUGCUGGAGGAGAAGCAUCCGAAGAGGAAAAAGAAAGGAGACAAAGGGGACUCUGCACAUCACAAGGAUUUCCCCAGGGGCUGGUUGGCAAAAACCCUGUGCAAGACCUUCUGGCAGAACCUCCUGCUGUCAGUGGCUUUCAAGGUGGUGCAUGAUGGACUUGUGUUUGUCAGCCCCCAGCUGCUGAAGCUGCUGAUUGCCUUUGUGUCAGAUGAGGAGGCCUUUGCCUGGCAAGGUUAUCUGUACGCCAUCCUGCUCUUCCUGGCAGCGCUGAUCCAGUCCCUCUGCCUGCAGCAGUACUUUAGCCUCUGCUUCCAGCUUGGCAUAAACGUGCGUGCCAGUCUCAUCGCUGCCAUCUACAAGAAGGCACUCACCAUGUCCAGUGCCACCCGCAAGGAGUCCACAGUGGGGGAGACUGUGAAUCUCAUGUCAGCUGAUGCCCAGAGGUUCAUGGACAUGGCCAACUUUGUUCACCAGCUGUGGUCAUCCCCCCUGCAAAUUACCCUGUCCAUCAUCUUCCUCUGGGGAGAGCUGGGCCCCUCUGUCCUGGCUGGCAUUGCAGUCAUGGUGCUGCUCAUCCCCAUAAAUGCAUUCCUGGUCUCCAAAGCGAAGACCAUCCAGGUGAGGAAUAUGAAGAACAAGGAUGAACGCAUGAAAAUAAUGAAUGAAAUCCUCAAUGGAAUCAAGAUCCUGAAGCUUUUUGCCUGGGAGCCCUCAUUUGAGAAGCGAAUUAAUGACAUCCGGGCACAUGAGCUCAAGGACUUGAAGAACUUCAGUUUCUUGCAGUCAGUCUCCAUCUUCGUGUUCACAUGUGCCCCCUUCCUGGUCUCCUUGGCCAGCUUUGCCGUCUAUGUGCUGGUGGAUGAGAACAACGUCCUGGAUGCACAGAAGGCCUUUACUGCCAUCUCCCUUUUCAAUGUGCUGCGCUUCCCCAUGGCCAUGCUGCCCAUGGUCCUCUCUUCCCUGGUGCAGACCAAGGUGUCGACGGCAAGGCUAGAGCGCUACCUGGGCGGAGAAGACCUGGACGCCUCAGCUAUCCACCACGACCCCAUUGCAGGCAGUGCUGUGCGUUUCUCGGAGGCCACCUUUGCCUGGGAGCAGGACGGGAGCGCCGCGAUAAGAGAUGUCACCCUGGACAUCGCACCUGAGAGCCUGGUGGCUGUGGUGGGGGCUGUGGGCUCAGGCAAAUCUUCACUGGUGUCAGCCAUGCUUGGGGAGAUGGAGCAUAUCAAGGGAUACGUCAACAUCCAGGGCUCCCUGGCCUAUGUCCCCCAGCAGGCCUGGAUUCAGAAUGCCACACUGAAAGACAACAUCCUUUUUGGGUCAGAACUGGAUGAAGCCAGGUAUCAGCAGGUCAUCAAGGCCUGUGCUCUCCUUCCAGACCUGGAACUGUUGCCUGCAGGUGACCAAACCGAGAUUGGAGAGAAGGGCAUUAACCUGAGCGGGGGCCAGAAGCAGCGAGUCAGCCUGGCCCGGGCAGUGUACAGUGACGCAGACAUCUACGUCCUGGACGACCCGUUGUCUGCCGUGGAUGCUCACGUUGCCAAGUACCUCUUUGAGAAUGUGCUGGGGCCAAAAGGGCUGCUGCGAAAGAAGACGCGGAUCUUGGUGACGCACAGUAUCAGUUUCCUGCCCCAGGUCGAUAACAUCGUGGUGCUGGUGGCAGGAGCAGUCUCUGAGCACGGCUCCUAUAGCACCUUGCUUGCAAACAAGGGGGCCUUUGCCCAGUUCCUGAACUUGUAUGGCAGGCAGGAGGACUCCUCUUUGGAGAAAAAUGCCACAGGUACUGGGAACACAACGGGGCUGCGGCAGUUAGAGGGGCUGUGCAUGUACGUUGAGCCUUGUAUGGAGGAGAGCCCUGAUGAUGUGGUGACCAUGACCCUGAAGCGAGAGGCCAGCAUCCGUCAGAGAGAAUUCAGUCGCAGCCUUAGUAAAAGCAGCACCCAUUCCUGGAAGAAGGCCCAGGAGGAGCCCUCCAAGAAGCUGAAGGGACAACAACUGAUUGAGAAAGAAGCCAUGGAGACCGGCAAGGUGAAGUUCUCCAUGUACCUGCAGUACCUGCGUGCUGUUGGCUUGUGUUAUUCUGUCUGCAUUGCCUUGGGCUACGUUGGACAGUAUGUUGCCUUGGUGGGGACCAACCUGUGGCUCAGCGCCUGGACUGACGACGCGCAGCGCUACCUGAACCAGACCUACCCUGUGCAGCAGCGGGACCUGCGCAUCGGCGUCUUUGGGGCACUGGGGGUGUCACAGGCUCUCUUUCUGCUCUUUUCAACCACCCUGUCUGCUCAUGGUGCCAUGCGAGCCUCCCGGGUCCUGCAUCACCAACUGCUCAGCAACAUCCUGCGUGUGCCCAUGAGCUUUUUUGACACGACCCCAACUGGCCGCAUUGUGAAUAGGUUUGCCAAGGACAUCUUCACAAUAGAUGAGACCAUUCCCAUGUCCUUCCGCACCUGGCUCACCUGUUUCAUGGCCAUCAUUAGCACGUUGCUCAUGAUCUCCCUGGCCACCCCGUUCUUCGCUCUCAUUAUCAUUCCCUUGGGCAUCUUUUACUACUUUGUGCUGCGCUUCUACGUCUCCACGUCACGCCAGCUACGGCGUCUAGACUCUGUCACCAGGUCUCCCAUCUACUCCCACUUCGGUGAGACAGUGUCAGGCCUUUCUGUGAUCCGGGCCUAUGGACACCAAGAACGGUUCCUGCAGCAAAAUGAGAGCACCCUGGACAUAAAUCAGAAAAGUGUUUACUCCUGGAUAAUCUCAAACAGGUGGCUGGCCAUCCGUCUGGAGUUCGUUGGGAGCCUUGUGGUCUUCUUCUCUGCGCUUCUAGCAGUGAUUUCAAAGGGCACUUUGGAGGGUGGCAUCGUGGGUCUUUCUGUCUCCUCUGCCCUCAAUGUAACCCAGACUCUGAACUGGCUUGUGCGGACGACUUCAGAGCUGGAGACAAACAUUGUGGCUGUGGAACGGGUGCACGAGUACAUGAAAGUGAAGAAUGAGGCUCCGUGGGUGACAGAAAAGCGUCCACCCCGUGGCUGGCCCAGCAAAGGUGAGAUCCAGUUUGUUGACUACAAAGUUCGCUACCGACCUGAACUGGAGCUGGUUCUUCAGGGGAUCACCUGCAAUAUUGGGAGCACUGAGAAGGUUGGGGUUGUGGGCCGGACUGGGGCUGGAAAAUCCUCCCUCACCAACUGCCUCUUCCGGGUGCUGGAGGCUGCAGAUGGGAAGAUCUUUAUCGAUGGCGUGGAUAUAGCAACGAUUGGCCUCCAUGACCUGCGCCAGAACCUCACCAUCAUCCCCCAAGACCCUGUGCUCUUUACUGGCACCCUGCGGAUGAACCUGGACCCCUUUGACCAGUACAGCGAUGAGGAUGUCUGGAAGGCCCUUGAGCUGGCUCACCUGAAGACAUAUGUGCAAGACCUUCCUGAAGGGUUGAUGCAUCUUGUGAGCGAGGGAGGGGAAAACCUGAGUGUCGGGCAGCGGCAGCUUCUGUGCCUGGCCCGGGCCCUUCUCCGCAAAGCCAAGAUCCUCAUCCUUGAUGAAGCAACAGCAGCCGUCGAUCUGGAAACUGAUCACUUGAUCCAGACAACAAUCCGGGGCGAGUUCGCAGACUGCACUGUCCUUACUAUCGCCCACCGCCUCCACACCAUCAUGGACAGCAACAGGGUGAUGGUGCUGCAGGCUGGGAGGAUUGUGGAAUACGACAGUCCUGAGGAGCUGCUCAAGAAGCAGGGGGUCUUCUCCGCAAUGGCGAAGGACGCCGGCAUCACAAACACGGAAAGCACCGUGCUGUAGCUGGAGGGGAGCGGUGUGCGGGGGCGUGCGUGCGCAGCUCCCUCCUCCUGGCCCUCACCGAGCAGGCACCAGGGUCUUCCUGGAGCCCGGCUG